AUGAGUGGUGCGUUCGCCGUCAGGGUCGCGCCGCUGGAGCUGAGGGCCCUGCUGCGGGAGGCGUUGGCGUUGGGGGCACUGAAGUUGGUGCCUCUGCUACUGGAGGGCGCUUCUACUGGAGUUAUUGGAGCCGUUGGUCCCGGCGGUGCUCGUACUGGAGGUACUGGAGCUGCUGGGGCUGGAGGUAGCGCUGGACCUGGAGGUGCUGCUGUCUUCACUGAAGCUGGAUACCCUGGGGCUGGAGGUGCCCGUUCUGGGGGUGGUGCUGCUGCUGGCACUGGUUCUGGAGGUGCUGGCGCUGGAGGUUCUGGAGCUGCUGUAGGUUCUGGAGCUGGUGGAGGUGCUGGCGCUGGAGACGCUGGAGCGGGAGAUUCUGGAGCUGCUGGAGGUGCUGGUACUGGAGCUGUCUUCGGCACGCACCUCAUGGCCCUGCAUCCUUCCUCUGCUCCGCAGCGUGUUCCCCUGUCGUCCCCUCCUGCGUCUUCUCUGCCUAACGUUCCAGACCCUGAGUCUGACUGCGUUCGUGCUGCUCACCCUACUGUCACGCGUCUACUUGCCACUGUUGUCACUGACCCUUCGUUUGAGUCCACUGCUGCGUCUGCCUUAGUCGCUGAGCUUGUUGACUUUGCUGCUGCCUGUCGUCUAGACUUCGCUGCUAGUCUUGUUGCUGGGUCUGAGUCUGUAUGUCCUCCGUCCGUCGGGGGUGAGUGUGCUCUUGGCACGGACGUCCUUGAGGACAGGCAGGAGGACUUUGAGCGUCUUGCGGCUGCUGUACCUCAUCUCGUGGCCAUGCUGCUUGCCCCUGAGGGAGACCCGGAUGCACCAGACAUCCCGACCCCGCACUCUUACGCUGAGGCGAUCGCGGGUGAGUACUCCUCUCAGUGGCAGACAACCAUGGAUGCAGAGAUGGCAUCCUGGAAGGUGAAGCGGCCGCCGGGUUCUCCGCCUGUCUUCAAGGCUCGUUACUUUGCACGAGGCUUCAGUCAGCGACAGGGAGUUGACUUCUUCCAGACCUUCUCCCCCACCCUGAAGAUGGCCACUCUUUGGGUGCUGCUGCACGUCGCCGCUCAGCGUGACUAA